AUAGCUUGGAGCUUCAGCAGAGUUCUAGCCUCACUCAAAUCGGUAAGGUUCACUUUCACCAUCCCAUAGUACGCUUUUCGCAUCUGUGAAAUAGUGGAGAUGAAUCGAUUCGCAUUAUCGCUGCCGCGCAGCCUUCGCGCCACAGCAAGGCGCACUAGACUCCCGCUUCUCUACUCGCCCUUCCACCUUGACCACCGUCCUCGUGUCGGCUCCCAACUUUGGAAUCCCAAACAGCCCGCAAACAUCCAGUGCUCUAGUCUUCCAAACGUCAACCGCAAUGUCCCCCGCAGUGUCCGACACAAUAGUUGGACAUCGCAAGCCCAAGAUGGCGUCACGAUUCCGGAAGAAGAAUAUAGGUCCGACCCUGAAGCCAGGUUUCGAACAGCGCGAAAGAGAGUCGGCAGAAAGCUGGAGACAAAGAAACACUUCGAACAACUGAUGCGGGCCAAUUAUGGCGUGGGCUGGAUGCCCAGCGCAACAGAUGCGGACCGAUCAAAUCGUGCGACUUGGGAGCAGGCCACAGACCUGCGCAAGAAGGCUGAGGAGGAGCACGGCGGAUUCGAAAAGCUCAUGACAACCAUAUACAGCGAGGGCUGGGUGGACGUGCUGGAGGUGCAGCGUGUCGAAGAAUACAAUGAGCGCAUUCGAAAGUUCGAGGACGGCAUGAAGGCCAAGUUCGGUGACGCGUGGAAGCAGCACGACAGACGAACCAAGGCCUGGUUCCAUCCUUAGAUGGAUCGGGGUCGGGUUGUUGGUCUACGAGGCUGCAUGCGGCGCAACAUAGUAAGACAUACACCUGGAGAGUGGUAUGUGCUCAUAGGGGCGCCCCAGCCACGUUGUCCGUGUGGCAGGUACCAAAUGCCCUUUAAUUGCCUAAAUGUGUUGGCCUCAUCCCUUUCUCUAAACGGUUCUUAAGCGCGUUUCACGU